AUGCUUUUCAGCCGCCUCGCCCUCUUCGCUGCAGCCCUCUUCGUUGGUGCCGACGCCUGCAAAUGUGUCAACGGUGGCAAGGACAACGCCGCAACCAGAGCCUGCUGCGCUCAACUUGGCGGAAACUUCCGUAACGGAGAUGAUUGUCAAGCCGGUUCUAUCUCUGAGAAGCUGUCAAACUUUCGUAGAUGCUGCCGCGAUAGGGGAUUUACUUCUGACUGCGACUGCCCUACUUGCCGAGUUGCGGCAGAUGGCUCAUCGGAUGCGCUUGAGGGUGAAGAUCAGCUGAUUGCUACCAGGCGAGUCACUUCAGAAGAUUUGCGAUUAAGCAAAGCACAGACUAACCGAUUUGUAGACUUGCCUAGAUCACCACUCUCCAACUUCCCUGAAUCCGAAAAGUCUGACGGCGCCCCACAAUCUGAAUCAUCACGUUCCUUGUGGAUACUCGCUUUCUGCUUGGCUUCCUCGUCCUUCUACAGAGCUGAAUAUGGUACUGUAUGGCUCUAUCCAAUAUUGCUGCCAUUGAUUCAAUUAGUACAAGCAUAUCUCUGGGGCAACGCUUCCAUAAGCACUUAUAAAACCCAAUCAUCUUCAAACUCCAUGCAGUUAAGCGUGUUGAGUGGGACUUUCGCUGCUGUCAUACUGUCUUAUGGCGACAUUGUAAGCUCUGCCUUAUCGGCUAUUGCGGUUCUUAUGCAGUUUUUGGUGUACACAUCUCUGCUGCGUAGCGAUGGUUCAAGGCUCAAAUAUUUCCCGCGGGUCUAUAAUUUCCAGCAGACUGUUUUUAAUCUUUCGAAGAAGACUACGCUAGCCAUGAUGAUUGCGAUUGGUCUACAAGCCAGAUUUCUUGGUUUCGCAGCAGGCGAAAUUCUCCCCACUUUGUCCUUGGCGAUUCUCAAAGCGCUCUCAUGGUACUUCAUAGCUCACACUGCACAACAGACAUCCUGGACUAUUGCUCCAUCAAUCCACACCACUGCACUCAUGUGUACACUCCAACCCUCUCAACAAUCAUCUCUGACACGUGCAUCUUUCUUGGUAAUCGGGCUUCUCCUAGUACUAGCCCAAGUUAUCCAAACCCUGGACAAAAAGGUCAGGUUCCGGAACUACCUCUGGAUGUUCUCCCUGGUCUCUCUCAUUCCGUAUCUUAUACAUGUCUAUGCCAUACAAAGUGCGAUUUUGGAUGCAGAAUCGACCUACAACAAUUAUAGAAGCCACCCGAUUGAGAAAUUGAUUCGGAGUCAAAGUACAGAGUUCCACGAAGUCCUCCGAAGACAGAGCCAGACCUACAGUGCAGCACACAAAGAGUAUGAACGGAGAUACAAUUUCAGUCCACCCACUGGAUUCGAGGGCUGGUACAGCUUCAGCGUAUUGCACAAAUCGCCUAUCAUUGACGAAUUUGAUACGAUACAUCGUUCAGUCUCACCGUUCUGGAAAUUAAGCGGAAAUCAGGUAACGCAAAUGAUGGAAACAGCAUACACAGAGCCUGGAAGUGAACUAUGGCUCUGCAAGUACAAAAGCAAGAGUGGCAAAACUACUUGUAUACAUGCUUGGAGGACCUUUGAUAGGCAUAUCACGGUAUUGUUUGAUAAACUUUUGGGGAGUUUGAAGGGUGCGAUCCCGGAUGUGGUGUUCUUGGUGAACCACCUCGAUGAGCCGAGGGUGGUAAUACCGCCAUUUCUACACGAAGCAAGAGAAACGCCUGUGAAUAUGACCGACUUAUCACAUCGACCCAUCUGGAACGAGAUAACAAAGUCGUGCGAAACUUCAGCCUACGAAGACGCUAUCGUAUCCGAAAGGGACAUAAGCACGUUCAAUCUCCCUUUUGUUAUUUCUCAAGAGUCAUCUCUGGACCUCUGUCGCCAUCCUGAAUACCGCAAAAUGCACGGGCUUUUUCAGUCACCAACAUCCUUCCGCUUGAUCUCAGGUUUCGUUCCCGUGCUUUCCACUGGUGCACCAUCCUCGAUGGACGAUGUUCUGUUUCCUAGUCCCGCGUAUAUUGAGGAAAAUUUCCAAUAUAAUGCGUCCAAAGAUAUCUCUUGGGAUAAGAAAAUCAAUGAGGUAUACUGGGCAGGUUCGACGACAGGUGGAUUUGCUAAGAAUGACGAAUGGAGAAACUUUCAUCGGCAGCGCUUUGUCACGCUUUCUCAGGGUCUUGGGAAAAGGCAGGUUGCGCUUAUAAGGAAACGAGAUGGGGAAUAUCAACGUCUACAGUCCUCAUUCCCAAUGAACUGGUUAUUCCAGGUCGCCUUUACUAGAGUCUUUCAGUGUGAAAAGAACCACUGUCGAGACCAGAAGGCGCACUUCCACAUCAAACCCUGGGCUGAAAGGGACCGCUCAUUGAAAUCACGUUUGACCUUUGAUAUGGAUGGAAAUGGGAUAAGUGGACGAUUCUAUCAACUACUGGCUUCGAGAUCGCUGCCUCUGAAGCAGACCUUGCUCCGAGAAUGGCAUGAUGACCGAUUAUUUCCUUGGGUACAUUACAUUCCCAUCAGCCAAAGUAUGGAGGAGCUACCCGAAACUGCCUCAUAUCUUACAUUUAGCGAGUCAGGCCAAAGAACAGCACAUGAGAUUGCAGAGCAAGGGCGUGUAUGGUUUUCGAAAGCUUUCAGAGAGGUGGACAUGAGUAUCUACGUGUAUAGAUUACUGCUUGAGCUUGCACGCCUGCAAGACCCUGCACGGGAGGCUGCUGUAUAUUACUAAGAAUCUUAG